AUGUUUAGACGACUAUGUACAUCGAGAUUGCAUAGCACUCUGCUCAAUCCCUUACAACCAACCAUAUAUGCAUUGUCCACUCCAUUUGCGAAAUCGGCCAUAGCUGUGGUCCGAAUAUCGGGCCCUCAGGCGUCGUAUGUGUUUGAAGAAUUGACAAAAUCCAAAGCACCGCCACAGCAUAGAGUUGCUAAAGUGCGUAAACUAUAUUCAGUGACAGAUUCACGACUUCUUGACGAGGCCCUUACGUUGUUCUUCAAACUGCCAAGAACAUAUACUGGUUUGGAUCUCCUUGAGCUUCAUUUACACGGAGGAACUGCAAUUGUAAAAGCGGUACUAAAUACGAUACGGGAUUUACAUGAUCCAAAGCUGGGCAGAAUAAUACGGCAAGCUGAGCAUGGUGAGUUUUCCCAUCAGGCUUUUGUCAAUGGAAAAUAUGAUCUUACGGCUUUGGAGGGGAUAAGUCAAAUGAUUAAUGCUGAGACUGAACUGCAGAGAGUAGCAUCGUUGGCCUCAAUGUCUGGACAGACUAAAGACUUGUUUGUGGAAUGGAGACAAAGGGUAUUGGAGAAUGUGGCCAAUCUUACCACCUUGGUUGACUUUGGUGAGGACCAUGAUCUUUCUGAGACCGACUCGCUUUUCCAGGAUGUUGAAUCUAACAUCUCAAACUUGGAAACAGAUAUACGAGCGUAUCUCAAGAAUGUAAAAUCAUCACAGGUUUUACUAAAUGGAAUACAACUUACGUUAUUAGGGCCACCCAAUGCGGGUAAAUCGUCUUUAUUGAACACAUUGUCCAACAAGGAUGCUGCUAUUGUGAGUGAUAUAGCUGGAACUACACGAGACGUUUUAGAUGUCCCACUCGAUAUUGGAGGGUUUAAGGUGGUAUUGGGUGACACAGCAGGAAUACGACUGUUGAACAUGGCUGGGAGAAUUGAACAGGAGGGAAUUAAACGGGCUAAAUCAAAAUCCAUCACUUCCGAUCUUGUGCUUGUCGUUCUUGACCCGACUAACAAUGGCAACGACGACGCAAUUCUCACCCACGUACUGGAGUUGGUCCAUAAGUAUCAAAAGGAUGUCCUUAUCGUAUUGAAUAAGGAGGAUUUGUUUCUGGAGGAAAAAUCCAAUCUCAUUGCAAGAUAUGCGGAAUUGUUGAAUGUUUCGGAGAAUAUGAUUCAUGUUGUGUCGUGUUCAUCUGGCUAUGGUAUUGCUGACCUACGGAAGGAGAUGAUUGAAAAGUUCAAAAACAUGUCUCACUUUGGUUCUCAAGAUGCGGCCAUUGUUUCCUCCAGGGUUCAAGAUAUCUUAGAGUUUGAUGUCUUGUAUGGUUUUCAAGAAUUCCACCAUUGGAAGGAAGAAGGCGACGUCGUUUUGGCAACUGAAGGACUACGACAAUCAGUAGAGGGUAUUGGAAAAAUAACUGGAGAGGCUAUUGGCGUAGAGGAAAUACUAGGUGUUGUGUUUUCAAACUUCUGCAUUGGCAAAUAG